AUGUUUCUCCAGCAUACAAGAGGAAAGCCUCUCCAGCUCAGUAUUACUGCGGCAUGUGGUUUUGGGUUUCUUCUUUUUGGCUAUGACCAGGGUGUUUUUGGUGGUCUACUCGACAACGACCAUUUUCUCCGCACAUUUGGAUACCCCAACACCACGAUCCAAGGUCAGAUAGUGGCCACUUAUGAUAUUGGAUGUAUUAUCGGCACUCUAGUGUCCAUGUUCUUUGGUGAUAAACUGGGGCGACGACGAUGCAUCCUUACCGGGUCUUGCAUUCUCAUUAUUGGCGGCAUUCUGCAAACAGCUGCAUACUCCAUGGCUCCGAUGAUUGUUGGCCGUGUGGUGGCUGGGAUAGGCAAUGGCAUGAACACUAUUGCGUGCCCAGUUCUGCAGUCCGAGACAGCGAAGGCAAAUGAUCGUGGAAAACUCAUUGUCCUGCAGUUGGUAUUGAAUAUAUUCGGUAUUGUGGUUAGCAACUGGAUGAACUUUGGUUUCACUUAUAUUCCCAAUUCCUCCGUUAGCUGGCGCUUCCCUCUCGCCUUCCAGUGUUUCUUUGCUCUUAUUACAAUCGCUCUCAUUUAUGUCGCGCCGGAAUCGCCACGCUGGCUGCUCAUGAAACACCGCGCAGAUGAGGCCCAGGACACCUAUGCUCGACUACUGGACAAGCCCUACGACGACCCUGAAGUUACUCAAGAAAUACAGUGCCAGGCGCUCGCUCUUCAGCAGGAGGCGGAGUUACAGCAGUCGAACCCGCUCAAAGAGAUAUUCACUACAAACAGCAAACAACAGACACUGCGCAGGAUUCUUCUCGGUGCAGGCACUGCCUUUUUCCAGCAGGUGGGGGGCACCAACGUGAUCGCAUACUAUCUUCCAAUCGUGCUAACGCGCUCCGUUGGACUGGAUAACCGGCUCGCGCUGAUUCUCUCUGCUUGCGAUUCCAUGUCCCUGAUGUUCUGGGGCGCCAUUGCCGCUCUUCUUAUCGACCGAAUCGGCAGGAAGAAGUUACUCCUAAUGGGCGUCACGGCAAGCAGUAUCUGCUUCGCGCUGGUUGCUGUUGGGUUGAGAUACGGUGGACCAGACAACAAAGGCAUGUCCAUCCUCGCAGUGGUGUUUAUCUUCAUGUACUAUGUCUUCUACGGAAUGUCUCUCCUGUCAAUCCCGUUUAUAUAUCCGGCCGAGAUCAACUCGCAGAAAAUGCGCAAUAUCGGCACCUCCUUUGCAACGACCGUUAACUGGCUCUUUGUCUAUGUUGUGGUAGUUGCCACUCCGACUGGCAUCGAAAGUAUCGGGUGGAAGUACUAUAUGCUGUACGCGAUAUUCAACUUCCUCUUCAUCCCGAUCAUCUGGUACUUCUAUGUUGAAACGGCCAAUCUUUCGUUGGAGCAGGUGGAUCGACUGUUUGAGAUCCAACAAGAUGCAGGCAAGGAUAUGAAUUGGUCUGAGGCAUACAAGAUUGCCCGCGCGGAAAACCCAACAGCGGCUAUGGGAGGACUGUCUAUCAAGGACGGUGUUGAAUCUGAGCAUCAUGAAGUCUUGGCUUGA